AUGAGCCAUCAUCACCACCCACGUCGAAUCUUGACACCUGGGGCUUCGCGAAAGCGGAAAGAGACCGAAACGUUUUACGCUGUACAGCCGUUGAAACUAACGGCGAAUCUACAACCUUCGGUUAGUGCUGCGACGUCGUCUAAGGCAGCAGAACCGGUUUCGUCUAAUCAGCUUCUAGCCGGUUACAUGGCUCACGAGUUUUUAACCAAGGGUACGCUUUUGGGUCAGAAGUUUGACCCGGCUCGGGCCGGAGCUAUGCCGGUUUCCACAGCAGACCUGAAGAGGAAUAAGCCGGGUCAGAGUUUGGAAUCCGACCCGAGUGGAAAAAUGAAGCCGGAGCACCAACGUUAUGCUGACGUGGCGAAUUUGCUGAAGAGUGAAGGGACCCACAUUCAGGGGAUAGUCAAUCCUACGCAACUGACUCGGUGGAUUCAGAUGUGA